GAGCGGCUUCGAGGCUCAUUCAUUGUCGGUGGUUAGAUGUUCUGCAAACGCAUUGGCGUUUGUCCGUUGAUUUCUGCUGUCUUGGUUCUGUGUGCAGUGUUAAUGCUUUACCAUUCGAAACUUAAGGAUCCCUGCACCACGACGACGGCUUGGUUCGUGAUGCUUCUUUAGCGCUUUUUGCAAAAUUUGUCCGUGAAUUUCUGCUGUUGGUGCCCGCCUGCGGUCAGUCGGGGAGAAUCAUUGGAUGGCAAUGGUCGGUCGUCGAAUUCUUGAACAGAGGCAGGCCCAGGCCGUAGCCGAAGCUAUGGCCUUCCAUGGCACCUCUCAACAUGCGAUACUCGCUGCCACACAUCCCGUGUACCAUCAUUCCCCUGUCCCUUCUCAGGACGUCCAGCCAGACAGACCGAUUGGAUAUGGUGCGUUUGGUGUCGUGUGGUCGGUGACGGAUCCGAGGGAUGGCAAGCGUGUCGCGCUGAAGAAGAUGCCCAACGUUUUCCAGAACCUGGUGUCGAGUAAGCGUGUCUACCGGGAGCUGCGUAUGCUAUGUUUCUUCAAGCAUGAAAACGUGCUGCAGGCGCGCGAGAUUCUGCAGCCUCCGCCAGUGGAGUUUUUCCACGAAAUCUAUGUGAUAUCAGAGUUGAUGCAGAGCGAUCUACACAAGAUCAUUGUCUCACCCCAACCUCUCACAUCCGACCAUGUAAAGGUGUUCCUCUACCAAAUACUCAGGGGGUUGAAGUAUCUGCAUUCAGCAAAAGUGCUUCACCGGGACAUCAAACCAGGAAACUUGCUAGUCAAUAGUAACUGUGUGCUCAAGAUAUGUGAUUACGGGCUAGCCAGGGUGGAGGAGUCGGACGCACAGCGGCACAUGACGCAGGAGGUGGUGACUCAGUACUACCGGCCGCCCGAGAUCCUCAUGGGCGCGCGUCACUAUGACUACAGUGUAGACCUCUGGUCCGUCGGCUGCAUAUUUGCAGAGCUCAUCGGCCGCCGCAUCCUGUUUCAAGCGCAGACGCCGCUACUGCAGCUGGAGUUGAUAACAGACUUGCUUGGGACGCCACCCCUGGAGGACAUGACGUCAGCGUGCGAGGGUGCGAGGGUGCAUAUGCUGAGGACUGCCCACAAACCACCGUCCCUAGGUGCCUUGUAUACGCUGUCCAGUCAAGCGACGCACGAAGCUGUUGACCUGCUGUGCCGCUUCCUUAUUUUCAACCCGAAGAAGAGGAUCACAUGCAUCGAUGCAUUGGCGCACCCGUACCUGGACGAGGGUCGGCUGCGUUACCACUCGUGCAUGUGCCAGUGCUGCUACAACACCAACGCCGGUCGGCAAUAUACGGGCGACUUUGAGCCCGUUGCAACGGCAACGUUUGACGACAGCUUUGAGGAUGGUAUCAGCUCCGUGCAGCAGGUUAAAGAUGCGAAGCGUGAAACAGUUAUCAGCAACUGCACAGUGGCAACGGUGUGCUCUAUGCAUUAA